AUGGUCGCGGCGCAGGUCUCGGCGCAGCCAAACAAGGCGGGGGGCACGUCGGCCGUGGACGCGCAGAUGAGCGUGCUCGAGAUUGGAGACGAGUGCGUGCUUCUCGACGAUGUCACUUGCGCCAUCUGCCUCUCCAUCCUGCACGAGCCCGCGUCGUUGCAGUGCGGCCACACGUUCUGCUCGCGCUGCGUCCAGACGGCGCUUCGGCGGACCGCCGCGUGCCCAGUCUGUCGCCAGCCCGCCUCUCAAGUGCUAGCGAUCAACCACUUGCUAUCCCGGCUGCUCACCCAGACCUUUCCGGAGGAAACCAAGGCCGCCGCCGUAUAG